UCCCUUAAACCUGAUAAAAAUAUAUAAAAAAGGAGACCUUAAACUUGAUAAAAAAAGAAGAGAAACGUAACCCUCCAGACACUCCGUCCCACACUCACUCAUGGACUCUCUCGCUCUCUUCUUCACUGGGGCUCUACUAGCCGGUGGCAUCUACUGGUUCGUUUGCGUUCUCGGCCCAGCCGAGCAGAAAGGCAAACGGGCAGUAGAUCUAUCCGGUGGCUCCAUCUCGGCCGAGAAUGUCCAAGAUAACUACGAUCAAUACUGGUCUUUUUUCCGCCGUCCCAAAGAAAUCGAAACAACUGAAAAGGUCCCUGAUUUUGUUGACACAUUUUACAAUUUAGUCACUGAUAUUUACGAGUGGGGAUGGGGUCAGUCCUUCCACUUCUCUCCAUCCAUUCCCGGAAAGUCCCACAGUGAAGCCACGCGCCUACACGAAGAGAUGGCCGUGGAUCUGAUCAAUGUCAAGCCUGGAGAUCGAAUCCUGGAUGUCGGAUGUGGUGUUGGUGGUCCGAUGCGUGCUAUUGCUGCACAUUCACGCGCUAAGGUUGUCGGCAUCACCAUCAACGAUUAUCAAGUGAAUCGUGCGCGCACGCACAACAAGAAAGCCGGGUUAGAUUCACUUUGUGAAGUUGUUCAAGGAAAUUUCCUAGAGAUGCCGUUUCCUGAGAACAGCUUCGACGGAGCUUACUCGAUCGAAGCGACAUGUCACGCGCCGAAACUCGAAGAGGUUUAUGCAGAGAUCUUUAGGGUCUUGAAGCCUGGAUCUCUUUACGUGUCCUAUGAAUGGGUCACAACUGAUAAGUACAAGGAUUCUGACCCUGAACACGUGGAGGUUAUUCAAGGUAUUGAAAGAGGUGAUGCUUUGCCUGGGCUAAGAAACUAUACUGAUAUUGCAGAGACAGCAAGGAAGGUAGGAUUUGAAGUUGUGAAAGAGAAAGACUUGGCUAAACCACCAGCACAGCCAUGGUGGACUAGGCUUAAGAUGGGAAGGAUUGCUUACUGGAGAAACCACAUUGUUGUAACAGUACUUUCCGCUGUAGGGAUUGCACCAAAAGGGACUGUUGAUGUUCAUGAGAUGCUGUUUAAGACAGCUGAUUACCUUACCAAGGGUGGUGAUUCUGGGAUUUUCACUCCUAUGCAUAUGAUUCUCUGCAGAAAACCUGAGAAGAAGACAGAAGCGGCUUCAAAUUCUUAGUCUCUAAUUUGAUUGGUAAUAAAUCAAAACAAGCCCUGUUUUUUAUUUUUAUUUUUAUUAUUAUUAUUAUUAUGUUUGAGUAACUCAUGUUCCACCUCCUUUGUGACUUUUUAGUUUUUUUCCUCUUCUCUUCCUUUUAGCUUUUUCUUAGUUCAAAUCCUCAUCUUUGUAUUUUUCUUUUUUAUUUUCCUGGCUGUAACUUGGUUUUUUUUACUGUUAUUAUGGUGAUAGUGAAGAAUCCAAAGGUCAAGAUGAUUGUUAUCUAAAUUUCCAGUUUUUUUCUCA